CUCUCCAUCUAUGUAAAGGGAUCCUCUCAUCUAUCAGAAGUGAUGGAACCGCAACUAAGUUGUGACAGACAUUCUUUGUAGUUAUCUUACUCGGAUGACUUGCACUGUCAGCCAAGGUUGCUUUUGAAUGAAAGUAAAUGUGUCCGUUAGUAAGCAAGAGUUGAUUGCUGAUUAGCACUAAUACGUUUUCUGUUAGCUUCCUUGCUCGACCGUGCAUGCAUAGUCACCUGACAUGAUUUUAUUCUCAGAUAAUAGGCACUGCCUUGGUUAUCGACCUGAUUCCCCUGGUCCAGUGCAUGCGCUCACUCACAGAGUGCGACCCCCAGUGGACCGAUGAAGGAUUAGCAGCUACUUUUAUAGAAAUUUAACGUCUUUCUGUAAUUCUCACAAUAGCAAAGGUAUCAGGCGGGCCGCACUAGGGAUUUGGCGGGCCUUGAGUUUGACGCUCUAUGCGGUUGGACGGUCUACGACCCCGGGAAAAUACGCAGAUGAAGACUUGAGAUGAAACCUGUUCGAACAUCCAAGGGAAAAGGAUGGAAAUCCAAAAUGACAGGAAGUCAAAUAAAGAGACAAAACAAUAAAAUACAGCAAACCAACUAAAUAAAGCUUGUUGACAUUGGAAGCUGGUCACUGAAUUUUUUUGUGGUUUUAACAUAUGUGAGUAUUAAGUUCAACCUUAGUAAACUAUUAUGAACAGAGUUUUGUUUAAAAUGUUUGUAUUUAACUUCUUAGCUUCAUGCAGCUCAGCUCUGACCUUGUUAUUUUCUCUAUAGCAGCUGAAUCUAAAAAUAACCACAGGCUAGACAGUCACUAACCGUCAACCCACUUUUUUAUAUUAAACAUGGUGUCAAUAUUUUGUUGAACAGACCACCGCUGCAAGUUCAUAAAAGUAUGUAACAUUAGAGGUCAGCUGACCGACAAGCUGAUACUUCAGGUCCUAAAAUAAACAUUAAGUAACUAAACCCCAAGACAGUGACAUGUGCAUUCUCCAUUACAGAGAGGUUGGACUGACAGAAGACACGGAUUCGUUUUAUAUAUGUAUAUAUCUCCAUCAUGUCGGCAGCCAACACAUCCCACUUUGAGGAUUAUUCUCUCUACAGUAACCUAAAUGAUGAAGAGCUUCUGCAGAUCGCCAUUGAGCGCAGUCUGACUGACACACCUUACAACACUUCUGAUUAUAUCGACUUUAAAACUGCCAACACAACUCCUCCGCAACCCAACAGCAGCAGCCCAAACACGGAGGCCAGAGCCAAAAAUCCACCAAGGCACAGCUCCCAAAAUCCUCAUGCCAACUACAGCUCCCACAAUGCAACUUCAGCCCAGGCCACUGCAAACUACAGCUCUCCAAAUCCUCCGAGGGAAGAGCUUCCUGAUCUGAAGACGUUUGACGGGACAGUCAGUCACUUCAUGACGGGCUCUGGGAAGCGCAUGGUGGAGUACCGCAGAGCUGACGGCAGUCUGGUCCUCAUCGCUCCAGAACCUGACGUGGAGGAGGAGCCUCUGUUUAAAGCGAUCCGUUUGGGCGAUGCAAGCCUAGUGAAAGCGCUGGCAAUGCAUCUGGGAACAAACCUUAUGCUGCCCAGUAAACCGGGAUGGUUAGCAAUUCACCAGGCAGCGUGGUACGGUCAGGACACCUGUCUGAGAAUCCUGCUGUCAGCUCAGCCCGGGAUGAUCAACAAGAGAACGGAACGCGGCGAGUCGGCACUCAUGGUUGCGGUGAGCAGAGAUCAGCUGGAGAGUGUUCAGGUGCUGCUGGACAACGGAGUCGACCCAAACAUCCCAAAUUAUGACAAAGAGACGCCUCUUUACAGAGCCUGUGAGAGGAACAACCCUGCGAUGGUGGCAGCGUUGUUGAACCACGGCGCGGUGGUGAACGCUCCUUGUAUUUGGGGUUGCACUGCCUUGCAAGAAGCCUCAAGUCAAAACAACGUGGAGAUUUGUGAGAUGCUGCUGAAGGCCGGAGCUAAACACAAUCUCAUCAACGUCUACGGCAUCUCACCACUGUUCACUGCGGCUCAGAGCGGGCAGCUGGCAGCCCUGCGCCUCCUCCUCAAACACGGUGCAGACAUUAAUUCUCAGGCUGCUGAUGGAGCAACAGCUCUGUAUGAAGCUGCUAAAAAUGGACAUGAAGAAAUUGUGGAGUUUCUCCUCUCUCAGAACGCAAACGCCAAUAUACCUGGAAAGACAGGGUUGUUACCGCUCCAUGUGGCUGCUCAGAGGGGAAGUGACAUCAUCGUCUCCAUGUUGAUCUCAGCCACAAGUAGGACCAGAGUCCGCCGAACUGGAAUUAGCCCCCUCCACCUGGCCGCUGAGCGUAACCAUGACAACGUCCUGGAGCUUGUGAUCGAGGGAGGCUUCAAUGUCAACUCUCAGCUGUCUGAAGAACGGUCGAGGCUGUACCAGGACCGCCGCAGCACAGCACUUUACUUCUCUGUCAUCAACAACAACAUCCAUGCGGUGCAUAUGCUACUGGAGGCUGGUGCCAACCCAAACUUGGACGUGUUCAGGCCGUUGUUAGUGGCGGCGAGACAAGGCUGCAUCCAAAUCGUCACUCUGCUGGUCAAGCACGGAGCCGACAUCAACGCCUCCAUCCCCACGCAUCCCACCACCUUCCCCGCCGUCUACAUGUUCUCCAUGAAGAACCUUCCAAUGUUCAAGUUCCUGCUGGACCACGGUGGUCACGCCCUGCCCUGCUUCAACUGUAUCUAUGGGAUCCAACCACAUCCAUCAAUCAAAACCACGCAUCCAGUGAGGGACCUCUCUGAGACCGUCCCCCAGCAAAGUGGCGGCGUUCAGUUCUGUGAGAUGAUUUCAGCCACUGGUAUCCGUCGGUGGGCGGGACCAAUCAUUGACGUCCUGUUGGACUACGUUGGUCAUGUGACACUGUGUUCUAGAAUGAUUUAUCACCUGGACAGUUACGCCGACUGGAGCAACAUCAAGGAAAAAGCAACCCCUCCACGCCCACUGCUGCAGCUCUGCAGGCUGCAGGUUCUGCAGCUGGUUGGACAACGUUGUUUGAAGAAGUUGCCGCUGCCUGGUGGCCUGAUCCGCUUCCUGCAGCACCAGGAAGGAUCUGUGGAGUACUGCUUGCAGGAAACUUAAUGUGUUUAUCCAGUUGACUAAAAGGCGGGUAUUGCUAGUAUUGAUUGACUAGUGGGGAUUUUUUGGGAGUAAAUCCAGGAUUUUUAGGAUACUAUCUAGGUGUUCAUAGGUUUCUCCUGUAAGAGCUCCUGAAAAUGCUCCUGCAUUAUCACUGGUUUCUUGUUUCUUUGCUAUGAAUGUCCAUGUAGAUGCUUUUUGGGGAUCUGUGGAUUUGCACAGGAAAAUAAGAACUUAAGUGUCUGAAUCAAAUAUAUCUUUCUCGGUUUGUUUCCUUGCAAGGAAAAAAAAGGCCACAACCGCUCUGUGUUCAGUAGACUGCCAAGAACACCUCUCGUUUUUGUUUGUUUUUUACAUACAGGUUAAAGCAGUUCUUAUACCUCAGUCCAGUUAUAGGUAGCAUCAACAUAAACUUGCUUAGAUCCAACACAUGUGAACCAACUUAUUGUUACACUACAGCCGUCAGACAGGAGCUAAACUGUUCGUCAUUGUGACUUCAGUUACCAGUAAAACCUUAUAACCAGAUGUAUCUUUUUCUGCUUAUUCAGUUUAGACAAAGUAGGAACUAAAAAACAAUUCUGUCUCAGACAAAGAGGACACAUGUUGGACUCAUAUGUUGCCAACACAAGCAUCAACAAAUGGGACUGAAGAGUCAGCUAUUGUUGAAUAAAUUUAUACAAGUUAAAUUUGCAUUUAACAUUUAGAAAGUUUAAGGCCUCUUUGAGCUGGGGAUUUUUAGAUGGUAGCAAUCUCCUCACAUUGCUCGUCUUAUCUUUUUGACGCACUGGCGCUGUGUGGGCCUCUCUUACAUAGACGCUGGGUUCAAAUAGUCAAAAUAACGACCUCCUCACGUUUAUUCCUCGACCUCUGUGGAAAACGUCACAGGGCCGAGGAAAGAUGGUCAGGAGAAGUUAGGAAAAGACAGCCAUGGAUUUUAGGGAAUCCGACCCCCCUUUCAGCUACAAGGUUAUGAUGCCAUAAGAGACGCAUGUUAGUGUGCAGCAGAACAAAAACAAUUUAUCCGAAGAUGGUCUACAAAGAAUCAUCUCAGAUGCCUUCGUCCAUGUGUUAGUGUUACAGUGCUCAGUCAUGCAGACAACAUAAAACGACUGUUCAAAGUAUUACUUUAUUAACAAAUGCACAAAAAAUUAGUUAUGCUACCGGAUACUUAAAUGAUGUGCAUUUCACCGUCAUGAUCGUUAUUUCUUGUGAACAGCCGAAUGAUACGUCACUAUUGAAAUAUUGCCACUGCAAGGAAUUGUGGGACAGAAAUAACUCCUUUCCUUUUGUAAAGAACGGUCCAGUGGUUAAUAUGCUAAAGGAGCGAAGUAGAGAAGGGUUGAAGCUACUUUCCUUAGCGUUAGAGAUUUCAAACAGCUCUUAUCAGGGAGGCCACCUGCGCUGCUCAUUUCACUCCAUCAGGAACCAUUCAAAGCAAAUUUGACAGCUCGAAUCCAGCCGGACACUGAGAGGCUGAAGCUCUCUUUAAAACAAGCUGCACUGGAAGCAAACAGAGGAAGCCAGGAGCUGUGCAAUGAGAACAUAAGCAGGGAACCGUUCGCUGCUGAUCACGUGAUCCGUGACGUACGAAGCUUCGUUCCGGCGCACAGUCACGUGACCGCUUCGAUUUGAUUUAAAUGGGUGCGAAACAGGGUUCAGGCGUGUCUGUCUGAUACAGUCAAAGUCAGUGUUGUUGUGAGUAGCAAAGAGCAAAUUUACAAUGGAACCUUUUGGCAAACAGGUCGCUCCGAGAUGUGGGAGACCUUCAAUUUGAUUUCCUCUAACAAGGUUGGCAAUAGGCCAAGUCUGUCACUUGUAUUGUGUAAUUAUUAAUUAAUUAUGGGUAUUAUAUCUCAAUAAAAAUAAUUUCA